AUGAGAGAGGGCGAAGUAACUAAGUUUUUAGUAUCUUUCAAUGGUAACAUAGAAUAUGUGAGGUUUCCGGCGGGUGUAUUUGAUGAGAAUCUAUAUCUUCAGUACGAUGUAGUAUGGGGCCCUGAUUGGGACCCAUUAUCUGGUUUAAAUUCGGGAACAAGCCAAAUGGCACGCUCAGGGAAUGAUCCGGAAAAAGUAAUCUUUAAUAUGCCGCUUGAAAUUACAUUCUCAAGCACUAAUGUUUACGGAUGGCCUCAAAUCGUGGUAUCAGUAAGGGCUAGGAACUUCAUAAGCUCCGAUUCUCUGCGAGGCUACGCCCUGUUUCAUUUACCAGCUGUUACCGGCACACAAGAGCUGGUGGCUCAUCUAGUGAGGCCGCGGUCGGCUAGUCUGGUGGGGGAAUGGGUAGCGUGGCUCACUGGUAGAUAUCCAGAAUUAAUAGAUCCAAAAAUACUUGCUAGCGGAAAAGAGAAUUAUUUAUUAAAAACAGAGUCGUACGGCACAGUUGUCAUGAGAGUCACUAUGGUAUCAAAGGAUCUUCGGAAACUCGGUUACGAUAAUCAGCCAUCUUAG